GGCAGGUUUUGGCUAGCGCCGCGUCGGGGACUGUUCGCGCCACGGGGUAGUAGCUGAGAUUACGCAACGUAACUUGACCGGGUUUAUUAAUCAAACACGGAGAGCGCAUCGCAAACAAGGCAAAUUUCAGCUUAGGGUAAUUCGUGGUUUAUUAUCAGAAUUUGACCUAACACACUCUGUUCCUACCGCCCUAACACACUCUGUUCCUACCGCCCUAACACACUCUGUUCCUACAAAAGUAUCUCGUUCGUGGCGAGAGACUGGGGAUAGGGACAUUGUUCUGCGCACGCGCAAUUCAACAACAACAUCAAUUUAGCGCCAUCUUUGAUUUCUACUGGUGGCGAGUUCUACUAAAGCUUUUUUUUAUUUGAGAUAAUUUCUAUAGGAAUUAAUAAUAGAAAAGUCAAUUAUCAUCAAACAAUGAGCGAAGACGAUGACUUAGCCUUUGCCUUAUUUCUACAAGAGCAGUUCAAUAAUGAAUCGUCAAAUGAUACAAAGAUCGCUCAAACGAACCAAAAACUGCCGACAUCGAUAGUUGAUGAUGCCUGGGAGAUGAUUGAUCCUGUGCCCGAUAUCCGUCAAAUGUUCCUGCAGUUUAACGAAGCGUAUUUCUGGGGACAGUUGGCUUCUGUUGAAGUGAGAUGGAGCCCUAAGAUGACGCUCUGUGCUGGACUGUGCUGUUAUGAGGGCAGAGGAGGACUUUGUUCCAUCCGGCUUAGUGAACCACUUUUGAAACUCAGACCCAGGAAGGAUCUAGUACAGACACUUUUGCAUGAGAUGAUCCAUGCGCUGCUUUUUGUUACUCAAAAUAAUAAGGAUCACGAUGGCCAUGGCCCAGAAUUCCACAAACACAUGUACAGAAUCAACAAGGCAACAGGAACAAAUAUCACAGUGUAUCACAACUUUCAUGAUGAGGUUGAUGUUUAUCGGCAGCAUUGGUGGAAAUGCAAUGGUCCGUGCCAAAACAGGCCUCCAUUCUAUGGUGUUGUCAAGCGUUCAAUGAACAGGGCACCUGCCCCACGUGAUACAUGGUGGGCCGAGCACCAAGCUAAAUGUGGAGGGACUUUCAGUAAAGUGAAAGAACCAGACAAUUACAAGAAGAAAAAGACAAAAUCGAAGGAUAAUAACAGUGAAACAAAAGCAAAGGCUGGUACUUCCGGGCUAGCCAAGAAUAAAACAAAGGAUAAUGGAACACCAAAUUUGCCAUCAUUAUUUGAACGAAUUAAGAAAAAGAACAACACAACAAAUAAUGGGGAAACAACUAGUCAAGUUACAAUCAAUUCCUCAGGGACCCCUGCACUUCCUAAACUUGCAUCUUUUGACACAGAAAAUAGCUCACUUGUAAAUAGCAGUAGCACCAGUGGAAGCCAUGUGGAUAUUAAGGAAUUAUCCAAUGGCAGCAUUAAAGAAUCUUCUGACUGUGAAAAUGAGAAUGCAUCUAAGCGAAGGAAAACUGAGGAUCCUGCAAGCCAUAUUGUUCCAUUUUCUGGAAAAGGAUAUGUUCUGGGAGCUAGAAAUAAGGCAAAUGAUAAAGACAGUCAUUCGGGUUCUGAAGGAAAUAUAAGAGUCAAGAGAAGCAAACAGGAUAAGAUCAUGCUAGACAAAAAAACCUCUGAGAAGACAAAAGGCUCUAUCGCACCAAAAGAAAAGAAUACAAGUACAGGCAAAUCAGCUAGGAAAACUUCCAUUUUGACAAUUGAAGAUGCUUUUAAGCAAGCAGAGAAGACUGAAAGUGUUCAAUCACCUUCUGGGAGCUGCUCUAAACCUAUAACAGUGUUGGAUUCCCCAGUCUCACUCCAGACAGUCCGUAAUAAUGUUACUUGCCCUGUAUGUCAGAAAGAGAUGCCAGAAGCAAUGGUCAACCAGCACUUAGACUCAUGUCUUCUUUAGAAUGAGUAAAAGUACCAAGCAUGCAAUUUAUUACAAAAUAAGCCUAAUAAUACAGUAGGCUCAGAACACUUAAUUACUGUAUAUUAUGGAAUUUAAGUAUUCUUAUCUAGAUCUAAUUUGUGCUACAUUGAACCCUAAUAACAGGGUUGUAUUUUUGAAAUAUACAUAGAAGAUAUAUAGUAGGAUUAUUAGAUUGUUUUUCAUUAGUUCACGCAAUAUUGCCAUGUUGCAUUGCACUUCAAUAAAUGUUUUUAAAACAAA